AUGACGGACACGUACGACUACAUCAUCUGCGGAGGCGGAACGUCUGGGCCAGUUGUGGCAGGCCGUUUGUCAGAGAACUCCGAUGUCAAGAUCUUGUUGCUCGAGGCAGGCCAGGACAGUGCAGAGAUGGAUAACAUGCAUAUGGCAGGCGCCUGGACACAGAACCACAAAGGUGAGACUGACUGGAACAUCAUGACCACGCCGCAAGGUGGUCUUAACGGUCGCAAAUGCCAUGUACCACGCGGGCGAUUCUUGGGAGGCAGCUCUGGUUGCAACGGGACCAUAUGCGUCCGAGGUGUCAAGCAAGACUACGACGACUGGGGCUUCCCAGAAUGGAGUGGCGAUGAGAUGUUCAGAGCUAUGAAGAAGGCCGAGACAUUUCAUCCGCAAAAGUGGUUCCAGCACGAUAAGGAAGCUCAUGGACAUGACGGACCAUUGCAUAUUGAGCCAGCCCCCUGUGGUGCUCUGGGAGAUCUUUUCCUCGAGAAUUAUCAAUCUAAAGGAUUGCCGUACCGACCAGACAUGUUCAGCAACGGCGAGACAGCCAACGGUUGUGGGCAUGCAAUGCGUACGACUUGGCAGGGCAACAGAACUACGGCAGCAGAUUACAUCACUAAAGAUCAUAAACGAAACAACGUCACUAUCAAGUGCCACUCCAUUGUCGACAAGGUCAUAAUCGACAACGGAACGGCAAAAGGAGUUGAGUAUGUUGACGAGAAAGGUAACAAGUUUAAGGCGCACGCUCGAAACGAAGUCAUCCUGGCCUGCGGCACCUAUGGCAGCCCCGCAACAUUGAUGCGGUCUGGCAUAGGUCCUAAGGCCGAUCUAGAGGCCCUUGGCAUCAAAUGCAUCAGCGACCUGCCAGGUGUCGGCAAGAACUUACAGGACCAUCAGCUCAUCUUCAUCUACUACGAACUCAAUCAGCCCGGCCUGACCGAUGACCCCAGGGUCAAUCACGAUCCGAAUGCCAUGGAGAAUGGGAUCAGAGAGUGGAAGGAGAAGAAGUCUGGUUGGCUCGCAACGUUUCCCUUCGGCUCAUUCGCAUUCGCCAGAUUAGACGACCGUCUGAUGCGAGACAAUGCUGAGUGGCGCAGCUUUGCUCGGAAGCCACAUCGUGACCCUAUGGAGCUGACCGAGAGUCAGCCGAAUCUGGAAUUCUUCCACACUGUGUGCUAUGGAGGACCUCCCGAGUACACCGACUUCCCCAAAGAGGGCCAGUACGCUUUCGCCAUGUGCUGCUUCCUGUGCGGUCUCUGCUCUCGUGGAUCAGUCAAGCUCAACAGCACUGACCCUCUCGAAAAUCCGAUUGUCGACCACAAGUACCUCGACGAUCGUCGCGAUCUGCUUAUGAUGUCCGAAGGCGUCCGCUUCGCCAACGAGCUUGUCAUGACCGGGGCUGGCACACGUGACAAGAUCAAGGGUGCUUGGCCUCCUGGCGCAACUCAUCAUCUGAACAAGACAAACGAGGAUUGGCAGCCAUUCGUGCAGAAGUAUGCUUCGACUUCGUACCAUCCCGGCGGGACCUGUAAGAUGGGCAAGCGAGAGGAUGAGAACGCUGUCGUCGAUCAGAAUCUAUUCGUUUAUGGCGUGAAGGGCUUGAGAGUUGUCGACUGCAGCGUGAUGCCUACGUUGCACAGUGGACACACGCAGAUGCCGGCUUAUGGCAUCGGCGAGAUUGCAGCGGAGAUGAUCGCAAAGGCGAAUGGUAUCAAGACUCACUGA